UGGGGGCGAUAAGGAGUGAUUAUCGAAAGCUAAUCAGUCCGUGGCCACUUAAGGAAAUCCAAGUGUGGUAUCGGCGAUACGGGUGUUUUACGGGUUGUAGUUAUGCAGAUAGCGGAGCCAUCUCCCCGUGGCUAGUUAGUUGGAUUCUAUUCGUUGGCCAGUGAAAAUGGCCAGGUUUUUGCUCUUCCUACUGGCCUGCGGGCUGCUCUGUUCGAUAGUCAGUGGCCACCAGGAACUGGAGAAUCUGCUGCAGAAGCAGAAGGUGGACUUGCAGUUGUCCAGCGAUGAGGUGGCGGCCUUGCGUCCUCUCUACCGCGAACUACAGGCCCAGUACGACUAUCUGUACAGUCUUCAGAUGCAGAUGGGCGAUGGAAGCGCUCCAAACAAGACGGAGAAUACCCCAUUGGAUGAAAACUACCUGCAGUCCUUCCAGGACUUUCGCAGCAAGUUUUCCAUUUACCUAGAGGAUACCCCGAAAGUGGUAUACGACACCAAACUGCCCACAGUGGAGGAGAUAAUGGGUGAACCCAGUCCCGACCUUAGCCCGGAUCAAAGAGCAGAGUUCGAGGACUUGCGGGAGAUCCUGCAGGACGUUAUCGACGAAGCCCAGGUCGGCAUCGAUGACCUGGUUGUUAAAGCCCUUUCAUUGGAAUCCAACCUUCUGAAACUAAACAAACCCAAGAUUGUAACUGCUGCCAUUGCCGGAUUGGGUUACAUGUGGAACUAUUGGGGGCGGGGAACUCAAGCCGCCUACUGCAGCUACUCAUUGGUCCCCGAGUUUCAGGUGGCCCUGCAGGCCAUCAACGAUGGAGUCGAUUGCUACACCCGCACCAUGGCCCUGAUCCUUCGUAUCCAGGACGAAACAGUGUCCGCCGUCAAGGAGGUGAAGAAGAAUGUCAGCAGCCUGGUGAAGAUCUACAAGAAGAUUGCCGCCAAACAGACCACCGUGGGCAAGAUCCUCUCAGGAACGGUCAAUGCCCUCAGUGCCAUACGCAGGGUCCACGACAUCAUUGCCGUGGGAAUCGAUGUCUACGGAAAGAUUAACGACCAGUUGCCAGGAGAGGCUCUGCAAUCCGUUCAGUGCGGCCAGCUGUUCGUCAACAGUAUUCCUCAGAUGGUGGAAACAGCUCAGAACCUGACGGUGUGUAUCACCUACGUGGAUCCGGAUAAGACCAGCUACGAGUUCACCCUACCGGAGGAUGAGCGCUACUGGAACAUCGGAGCGGAUCCCCCAGAAAUCCCCCAUGAAAAUGAAGUGGACUGGGAUGACGAUGACGACGAUGCGGAACCCGAAGAGGAGGCGGACGAUUAUGUGGAUCACAGAUAGGAGACGUGUGGAAUUUCCCAGUUCAGUGCGAUUGAUAAGCGAAAAAGAGGUAAUCGGAUUAAUCAAUUUUGUGAUAAUACUCGAUUACCUGCCUACAGCUUGUAUUAGCCUUUUAUAAUUGUGAUUAAAAUAUAUUUAAAACAAGAAA